GUAGAAAAUAGAUCGGUGUUUUGGAGGUGGAGCUAGAUCUCCGUUCUCGUUUUCCAAACCGACUCCUACGAUGCCGCUUGACGGUUCGGGAAGAUCAGAAAAGCUUCUCGAAUUAGCUAAACGCAUCCGCCACGAAAAUCGCAAUCAAAAUCCUGAUGCCAACGUCACUCUCGGUAAUUCAAGAGCUCAUGAAUCUCAAUUUGCACCUGGACCCAUCGAGCGCAAUAGAGCUGCAGUUUUGAUUUGUUUGUUUGAAGAUGAAAACGGUUAUCUUCGCGUGAUUCUCACUAGGAGAUCUUCAAAAUUAUCAUCCCAUUCCGGUGAAGUUGCUUUGCCCGGAGGGAAAAGGGAUGAACAUGACAGUGAUGAUGUUGCUACGGCGUUGAGGGAGGCUCAUGAGGAAAUUGGAUUGGAUCCUUCUAUGGUGGAAAUUGUAGCGGUUCUUGAACCUUUUCACACUAGGAUAAAUAUUGCUGUAGUUCCAGUGAUAGGGGUGAUGUGGGAUAAGACGGCCUUCGAACCUACCCUCAAUGCAGCUGAAGUGGAGUCUGUAUUCGAUGCUCCGCUGGAAAUGUUUCUCAAGGAUGAGAAUCGGAGACAAGAGGAGCAAGACUGGAAGGGUCACAAAUAUUUGCGUCAUUUCUUUGAUCAUCAAAUCGAUAAUGAGAUGUAUGUAAUAUGGGCUCUGACUGCUGGAAUUUUGAUCAAGGUUGCAUCUGUUGUUUACCAACGGCCACCGUCUUUUGAAGAGCGCCGGCCUCCAUUCUGGAGUAUAUGCAACCGAUGAAGGUAAUGGUGUACGUGUCUAUAUAUCAUGUAUAUCUUGUAUCGUUUGUGAUUCUAUGAUUUCUAGACUAUCCAGCUCUGAAAGGAUAAAUAUCCUAUAUUGAAGACUUCUGUUAACUUCAAUUUUCUUUCAUUUAUUGGAUUAUUGGAAUAUAUGAAAGGAUUUAGUGUCUUCUCCCACAAAA